GAAGGGAAGUGGCAAAAGAGUGUCUCGCAUGUGCUGAGAUGGUAGUGGACGAAGACGUGGAAUUAGACUGGUCCAUUUCGGAGCUGCCACAAGAACAGACCCACUGUUCUCCUACCUCUGACACCAUGACAGCUACAAAUCUCACUGAGCGAAGAAAAGACAUGUGUUGUGCCACGUAUGACUAUUGUGGAAUAGGUAUGAUGAAGCCUCCUAUCCCUGAGGUUAUGCUGGUCUCUCUCCGGGACCAAGAGAACACUCAGAAAGCCCAUACGCCGGUUUUUGAAGUCCUGGGCAACAGAACCCCUGCAUCCCCACUUAAACCCUCUACAUGUGCUUCUAUGCAAACUUCUGUCAUGCAGUCCAUCUCAUCCUCUGCCCAGCAGUCUGGGAACACUGGUUCACCAAGCUCCAACAAUCUAAUGACAAAUGGCGCCACCCAAAUACCACCACAGUCAGAAAGUGCCUUGGGCCAGUUGAAAACAGUGCCAAAGCAUUGUCAAACAGUACAUUCAAACCAUCUCAACUCAAACAUCUCACUCAGACCAAACAGUCCUAUAGAAUCAAAUAGUCAAGAGAGCACCAGCAAUCAGCAAAUUAGACCCAUAAUCCAUCUGCCUACACUGGAAGAAUUGGAUCACGGCAAGUGGCGUGUUGUCCAGGCCCAUUGGGAGCAGCUAGAAGAGAUGGAAGCUUUAUGUCGUAAAGAGGGGAUGCUUCUGUGUCAGCAACCUGAUAUGGCAUUUGGGGAUUAUGUCCAGAAACUGGAGGAUAUCAUGGAGAGAAAGGCUCAGUGUGUCCACAUCAUGAUAGCUCAGCUGCAGCCAUAUCUUAAACCCAGUCAAUCUAAUGGACCACACCACCAAGAAGAAGAUAAUCAUGAUCCAAUUACUUGAAUUAACUAAGUUCAUAAGCCAUUAAACAGCAAUAUUUGGCAUUUUUAAGUGCAGACUAUAUACUGAAGAAAUGGCAGGUAUGCAAAGCCGGGCUGUUGAUGAGUGCUCAAUACAUUUUUCAUUGACGACACUAGAUACAGUAUUAGUUAUUGUUAUUAUUAUUAUUUAUAUAUAUAUCACUUGAUGUGUGUGACAUCAAGAGAUGUGUUACACAAGUGUUCUUUUUGGGAA